AUGAAGCCGCCGUACCCACGCUCGUCCGACGCCGCAAAGCCGCUCAGGUCUCGAAUCGACUGCACGCCGUACACAUAUAUGUGGAUCCCGGCCGAGGUGCGAACGAGCAGCAGGGGCACAGAAGCCGCCUUCGCUUCGUAUGUCAACGGCCUUUCGCCGUUCACGGAAACGUCGCGCCGGCUCUAUGAUCCCAUCGCCAAGGCCUUUGCAGCCAUGCUGCCUCUUUUCGAGGCGUCCUUGGCCUUCUCCCCGCUGCGAGGCGACCCGGCGUUCCUGCAGGCCCUUCGUAAGGGCAGCCGCCGCAAAGGACACAACCUGGUGCGCAACCAGCUGGGGCGCCCCUCGUCUUCUCGGAUGGCGGCGCCGUCCCCGGCUAGCACCGGCAGCUCUCGCUGGCGCCCGACAGUCGGAUCCUUUGUGCCGCCUCCCUUGCGUACGGUCAAGCUCUGCGGCAAGACUCUGCAGGUCGUCGUCAGGCUGACCAAAGCGGACGUCGCUCCGAAGGCGCCGGCAAAGCACUCGCACAAGUGGCACCUGCAAGGCCUCCCGGACGAGAGCAUCUGCGCGAGCGGCAUCCACUAUCUCGCGUGCUCCAACGUCCACCCGCCUCGAAGCCUUUUCCGCGUCGCGGUGGACGGGGAGUGCUGGGAUGCCGCCCAGUACCAGCACCUCCAGGAUCAUCAGAAGAAGGACCUGUUCGGCUUCUCGUCCGAGGACCUCCACGCCGGCUUCGCUCAAGACAUUGGCAGCGUCGAACCGCAGCCUGGCGGCUGCUUCGUCUACCCAGGCUUCAUGGCACGCAAGGAGAGCCCGCUGAAGCUGAUCGACCCGACCAAGCCGGGCCACCUCGUCACACUGGAGAUCUACCUUGUCGACCCCGAGCGACCGACACUCUCGAGCACGAGAACUGUACCUCAACGAGUUGAUUGGCUACGUGACGCGACGCUGGAGGGAACGUCUGAGGAUCCUCGCUGCCGCCUCAACCGACUGCCUAACGAGAUCCUUCAUCGCAUCUUCGCGGCGCUCGAGGACGAUGUCGGCCAAGGCGAGCUUCGUUCCACGGCGCGUUCGGCUCGUCCAGCGACGUUUUUGGCCAGCCGCGCCUUCGCAUUGCAGCGCAGGAGUGCCGACAUAGCUCGAAGGGCGUCUGAAGACUGCGAGAUUAUGGCCGCCUUCGACGAGGAGUACGGCCGGGGAUACGCGGAUGAGGCCUAUCGCGACUCUCAGGAAAGGCUCGAACGCCGCUUCGCAGGGCUCGGUGUCCGUCUUCCUCCGGGCGGCUUCACCCAUGCCAAUCGCUCCGGCAACCGCGCGAGGAGCAGAUUCUGA